AUGAUGAGCGCUGAAAUCUCUGAAACAGUUCUGGAACGCAUGAGGUAUCAAAGGGAGACUGGUCGCUUUUGUGAUGUUUGCAUAGUUGUCAAAGAUCGACAGUUCUCCGCUCACCGUAACAUUCUAGCUUCGUGUAGUCCAUAUUUCGAUUCAAUUUUAAGAUCAACAAAGGUUACGAAGGAACAGGUUAUUGUGAAUUGCCAGCAACCGAAAGCGUUUGAGUUACUGCUGAACUACAUGUAUAGCGGAUGUGUCGUGAUUGAUCGAACGACCGUAGCAGAGCUUCUUCGACUUGCGAAUAAUUUUCUGGUCACGAAGCUUAAGAACUAUUGCGCAGAGUAUUUGGACAGGUACUUAGACGCUGCUAAUUCUUUAUCAGUUCGGCAGCUUGCAACACGAUAUAACUUGCCAUCUUUGCUCAAAGCGGCGUCUGAAUAUUUCGAUGUUAACAUCAACCGCUGCUUGCUCGAAUCUGUUGAUAUUCUGAAGUAUCCAAUGCCACAGCUUCUGAAAAUACUGGAGGAUCCCAAAUACCAGGACGUUAUCAGUCCGGAUGUUUACUUGAAGCUUAUUGUGCGUUGGGUCGGCGAGGACGUACCUAGCAGAGAAUCUUCUUUUCGUUCGUUGUUGGAGCGAUGUCACAUAGCUGAUGUGUCUGAUAAUGCCCUUGAAUUUGUUCUCGAUUAUUCUCCACUUCUCACGAAAAGUCAAAGUUGCAGACAUAUACUGCUCGGUGCCAUGCAUGCCAGCUCCAUUCCAAUGCCCAAAUAUGAACAACAAUUCAUUUCGUUAACACAACAACUGGGAGGUGAUGAGGCUGCGUCAGCUCUCCUGGAGUCUAAUUCUGGACUAGGUACUGGAGCCGACGAAGAUUACGAGAACGAUUCCAGUUUCGAGCACAUGGAAGACGAUGAAGAAGAGGAGCCACCAGUCGAAGGACAGCCUUCUACAACUACAAUUCUUGAGACAACAUAUACUGAAGAUGGAGUUGAAAGGCCUCGCCUACGUUUGAAAAUCAAUUUAGGAGCUCUUCCGUUGUCGGAUAUCAAUAGAAAAAGGUUUCGUAAAUCCAAACUUCUACGCAAAUCAAUCAACAGCGACAAAUCCGUCAUAAAGAAAAGGGGACGACAUAAGAGGACUGACGAAACUGAGAUUCUGCCACUGAUGGAUGACGACGACCUCGACGGUGUGUACGCGACAUCAUCUCUUGUUGGAGCUGUAACUUACACAGAAGAAGAUGCUAUCGAUCCUGAAGAAGUGGAAGACGGGGAAGAUGUUCAUGUCGAGGGUGGUCAACACGCUUGCAGGUUCUGCAAGUUUGCAAGUACUUCAGCGGAGGAGGUCGAUAAACAUCGCGCUCGACAACAUAACCGUAACACCGGGUAUCUUUGUCAUAUAUGUGACUAUAUGGCAAACUGGAGCAAGUCAUUUUACGAGCAUUGUAAAGAACAUUGGACGCAACCUCCUUAUUCAUGUGAUCAGUGUUCAUUUGUAGCCAAUGAUACGCUUCAGGAAUAUCUAGCCCAUCGCUUAACUCACAGUAGGUUUUGA